AUGUCUCGUACUGUGCAGACUUUCGACUUGGCCUCAGGCGUUAAGAUCCCUUGGCUUGGCUGGGGAAAUGGCUCCGGACAAGCACGUAAUGUACCCGUGCAAGCUGGAUUGAUCGCACUCAAGGCUGGUAUUCGCCACGUCGAUACCGCGCAAAACUAUCUGAAUGAAGGAGCUGUUGGAGAAACUGUGGCCAACUCUGGCCUAUCGAAGGACGAAAUAUUUGUUACAUCCAAGCUUCCUGUCAAUGAAGUUCGCCCAGCUGUCCAGGAAUCCAUCAAGAAAUUGGGAUUCAUCCCAGAUCUGUUCUUGAUCCAUAGCCCUCAUGUCGCAGCUCUUGCAGAUCUCAAGAAGACUUGGCAGGUGCUCGAGGAGAUGAAAGAUGCUGGUGAGCUCAAAGAGAUCGGCGUCAGCAACUUUCGUCCGCAAGACCUUGAAGUGGUGUUGGACGGAGCCAAAUACCAGCCAGCUGUGAACCAGAUUGAAUAUCAUCCAUACACGCUCGCUCAUCUCGAGCCUGUCCUAGCAAUUCAAGCAAAGCAUGGUAUCUUGACCGAGUCAUUCGGUCCUCUUACUCCUCUCCUCCGCCACCCUACUGGUGGACCAGUCAAACCGGUUCUAACAAAGAUUGCUAAACGCGUUACGGAAUCUAAUCCGAGUCUUCCCAUCCCGGUUGAUGAAGUAGUCGUACUUCUUCUUUGGACGCGUGCUAUGGGUGUUGUUGCCGUCACAGCCAGUGGAAAUGAAGAACGCAUCAAGCUCCUUGCGGAGAUAUCUUACCUUCCGGAAAAUAUUUUAACCAAGGAGGAGGUUCAAGAGAUUACGAGUGUAGGAAAGACUGUGCACUUCAGGCACUACAGAGAACACAUGGAGAAAGACUUUGCGUUGCCCGAUCUGCCAGAUGGAACUACCUGA